AUAGGCACGUGGCUGAUGACAAAACUGCAAUAUGGAGGCUGUGAAAGGCGUGUGUGACUUUGGGAGUAAAAAAUUGUGUCUAGUUUUGUGUGUAAGAUAACGUGAUUGUGUAUGUUUGUUGUUUGGGCGUUAAAUCAGCGGCAGUAAAAUUGAUAAAUCGUGAUAUUUAGAUUACUUUUGAGUUUUGUACAAUGGUAAUGUCGCUCGGAAGUAUGCCAAGUAAAGCGUUCACUGUGAAGCAAAUAGACUUGCAUUGGGUUCAUUGACAGGAGUGUCAUCAUGGUCAAACCUGCAGGAAAUUACCGGAAGAAGUUCAGCGUGAAAUUUUGCAGCAUCUUUUUCCUUUCCUGAUCGAGGUCGUGGUUGAAAUCAGAUUAAAUUGGGCAUUGAGAUAAGUACACGUUAGAGACAGUCAUCGACUACACGGAGUUAGCUUUAGUUUCAGCUUUGCAGGGAUCUUUGUGAGCUUUCUUGUGAAAAUGCUGCUGUCUCUGGUCGUGCACACGUACUCGUUGCGCUAUUGGCUCCCGGCGGCCGUGAUGAUGGGCACCGCACCGGCUUACCUGCUGUCCUGGAGCGCGUGGCGGCUCCUCUCCGUCCUCCUGCCCUCCAGACUCUUUCACACUGUGGAUGAUCGGGUGUAUUCAGUCUAUCAGAGCAUGGUCCUGUUCUUCUUUGAGAAUUACACGGGCGCGGAGAUCAUAAUUUAUGGGGACAUACCAAAGAAAAAGGAGAACGUUGUUUACCUGUCUAACCAUCAGUCCACAUCUGAUUGGAUCAUUGCUGACAUGUUAGCCAUUCGUCAAAAUGCACUUGGACAUGUAAGAUACGUCCUGAAGGAUGGUCUAAAGUGGCUUCCACUGUAUGGAUUUUAUUUCUCACAGCAUGGAGGUGUGUAUGUCAAGAGGAGUGCCAAAUUUGAUGAAAAUGCCAUGAGGAAGAAACUAUUAUCUCAGACAAAACUGGGCACACCUAUGUAUCUUGUCAUUUUCCCAGAAGGAACGCGCUACAACCCUGAGUUCAAAAAAGUUAUCACUGACAGUCAAGAUUUUGCAGCUAAAGAAGGACUGGCUGUGCUAAAGCAUGUUUUGACACCAAGAAUGAAAGCGUCACACAUUGCCAUAGACACUAUGAAGGAUCACUUGGAUGCUGUCUAUGACAUCACAGUUGCAUAUGAGGGAACUCUCACAGGGGACUGCCAAAGACGUCCGGCUCCUUCAAUGCCAGAGUUUCUGUGUAAGGAAUGCCGCAGGGUGCACAUCCACUUCAGUCGUGUGGAUAUGAGGGAAAUUCCUCCAGAGCCUGCGUUCUUCCGCAGGUGGCUGCACGAAAGAUUUGAAUUGAAGGACAAGCUUCUGACCACUUUCUACGAAUCUGAAGACCCAGAAAAAAGGUGCAAGUUUCCUGGAGAAGGUCGAAGCUCACCUCUCGGUCUCUCUAAGACAUUGCCUUCACUUCUGAUUUUGGGCGGUCUGACUUUACCGAUGCUUUUAACCGAGUCAGGUAGAAAACUCUAUCUUAACACUUGGAUCUAUGGGACUUUGCUUGGAUGGGCAUGGGUCAGCGUGAGUCCAUAACCAAACCGUAAAGAAGAAGAAACAUCCUCACUGCAAUACCAGCUCUCCGGAGGUUGCGUUGUUGGAUAAGACUCUUUGAUUUGCAACUUUCAGUUGGUAGUUUGGUACUCGGUGUCUCACUAACCAAAAGGCUGAUUUACUGUCUGUCUUUCUCAUUGGGUUUGUUAUACUUCUUGUUGGCUGAUGUUAAACUUUAACACAGUGUCUACACUGCAAGCAAACAAUGAGAUGCAACAAAAUUAGAACGCUGACAUAUACAGAUUUGUCGGUCAUAGGGUGAGCGUUGUAGUUUUGUCAUUGCAUGGCUUGUUUGUUGUACCGUCUUAACCGGAUCAUAUCAUUUAAGUUCAUAUUUCUUGUCUACAAAAUCUGCAAAAGCUUCUUGAUGUUCUUGAGAAGGUUUGUAUUAUUUUGCAGUGAUUUAGAUUUUCUGUAAAGAUUUUUUGUUUGUUUGUUUAUGCAUGGGGUUUCAGUUAUUUCACAUUUAUUAUCAUUAAAUUGAUGCCAAGACCUAGAAUGCCAUUAAAUAGGGACUUUAUAUUUUGAGUGUUUGCACAUUGCUAAAUAUUUCACAGAUCGUUGCCAAACUUGCAAGGUGUAGGGUGUGUGAAAGGAAUGGUCCCACCUCCAAAAAAAAUUGGUGUUAUGGAGUGUUAACCCUCUUGCUGCUGCAAACCUGUAUGCUUAUAUUUUCUUUUUUUCUGUGUAACAUCAAAAUAGAAAGUCUGAAGAUCAUCACACCUAUUUUUCAUGUAACAACAGUCUAGAUUGUCCAUUAGUGUUAUAUGAUAUCUUAAUGUGAGGAACAGGCCAAAGUAAUCUUUAAUCAAAUUCUGAAUGAUUCCUUGUAGGAGGUUUGAUGUUAUUGAUGCUACAUUACAUUUUUAUCUCAUAACAGAACAUGUUACGCUAGUUUAAAGGAAGAUUUGAGAGCUACAGUUAAAUUAUCAGUGAAAAAAUUUAAUUUUUGUAGUUUAUAUGCUUUGCAAAGAAUUUAUAUUAGAAAUGUAUAGCAGAUAUUUCAGUAUACCUUAUAACUUUAAAGCCCCUAUAUGCUUUAGCUGUAUAGAAAAGUAUGCUCUUUAAAACAAUUUAUUUCUUGUUCCAAAGGGGAAAAAUGACAAGUUGACCGAAUAAGAAUCAUUUUUGGAUUUAACUGUUUGUUUUAAACUGAAUAAUUUAGUGAUGUGCUAUAGACAUUGAAUAUUUAAAUUGUAUUUGAAUAUCUUUAUAGUCUACAUGAUAACUGACGGAAAGGUCUGGGAAAUUGUAAUAAAGUAUUAUAGGUUGGUUGUAGACUUUAACAUCCAAAUUCAAACUUCACAAGUAUAAUCAUCGCCUUAUCUUGUUUAUGCCUUUUUGUUUUUAUUUUUUAUUACUUGUAGUGUGAGUCCUGAUGUUUGAUAAUGUAGCCAUACAAGGAAAAUCAAAAUUCAGUUCUGGAGGAGCUUUAAUAGAAAAUUAGUAGGCAACACUGACUCCCUCUACUGGAGACUUUUGGCACCGCAUAUGCUUUUAGUGACCAAGUUUGUUUGAAUCCUAGUUUCAAAAGAUACGUUUUUUUUAUGACCAUGAUUUAUAAUGGAAGCAGUAUUUAAAUGUUUUUAAAGUAUGAGAAACGUAUUAAAAAAAAACAAGCAAGUUCAUUUAUUGAAGUACUGUCUUAGCUUUUAACCCUAAACUUUUCAAGAAAUCUUGGCACACAUCCCCCACUUCCAAAUUUGAGAAUUUGCCAAAAUGUAAUCAUAUAUUUACAAGUCACUUUUAAUCCUUUCACUGAGUUUAAAUAAGACUGCACAAUAUAUAUUACACAUACCAUGCCUGCAUGCCAAGUCUUAACUAAUGGCCUGUGUCCAACAUGUUAAGGUUCAUUUAUAUUUUCAGCUGACUGCUAUUUGCUUUCAUCAUUACUGUCUUAUGCUUAUUCCAUAAUUUCUAAAUGCAACCAAUAUGGUGUUUUAACAUAAUAAAUUCUACCUCCUAAUCUUAAUCUACGUCUACCACAAGCAGCGUGUCAUACUGUGAAUUAUAUUUUCCCUGUGCGUUAAUCUAUGCUCUGUGUAUUUUCUCAGACAUAGAAAACAUCGUUUUGUGAAUUUGUUUGGACUUGCAUUAAUAAUUAUGGCUAUUUCAAUAAUGUUUCAACAGUUCACAAUUAAAAAUCUUUAGUUUUAAUUAUUGUUUCCCUUCAUUUACACACAAAUAUUUUGUUUUUAUUUCCUAAAUCAAACAGUUGUUUGUUGAACAAAUCUAUUGAUAAAUCUCAUUCAUUACUUUGUGACCGAAAUGCAGAACGUCUUUUAACCCUGUGGAUUAUGUUAACAUUCUGAAAAUGUUUACGUUAUUGUCACCAAUAACCCACCAAACUACAGUAUUGUUCAAAACGCAUGUUUUGUAAUAUGAGUGUCACAAACAUUAAAUGUUAUUCUACAUCUGUGUGUUUUCUGAAUUAAGAAGGACAUGCUGUAUUUAUUAAAGCAUAUACAUCACGCUUUAUACAUUUUUUCACUUUUGUUAUUCAAGUCACGAUCUGCAGCAAUCUGUCUUAAACUGGUGCUGCAUUAAUCUCUUAAAGACUUGUAAUAGAAAUAGCCAUAUUAAUCUAAGCCCAGCACUACUCACAGAAUUGUCCUGAGACUCUUCAUCCCAUUGUCUGUAUUUGUUCACAAUAAACUUGUGCUUUUCAAAAAUG